AUGUUAAACAAGAACAUUCUGCUGUUUUCUCUUAAGAUUAGUCUCUUAGGAAUCACUCUUGGUGGCAAUGUUCUGAUUUGGCCAAUGGAAGGGAGUCAUUGGCUGAACAUUAAGAUAAUUAUAGAUGAAUUGAUUAAAAAAGAGCAUAACGUGACUGUCUUAGUUGCCUCUGGUGCACUUUUCAUCUCACCGGCCUCUAAACCAUCUCUGAUGUUUGAAAUAUAUAAGGUGCCCUUUGGCAAAGAAAGAAUAGAAGGAAUCAUCAAGGACUUUGUCUUGACGUGGAUGGAAAAUAGGCCAUCUCCUUCAACCAUUUGGAGAUUCUAUCAGGAGAUUGCUAGAGUCCUCAAGGACUUUCACAUACUGUCUAGAGAAAUCUGUGAUGGUGUUCUCAAAAACCAAAACCUGAUGGACAAGCUGAAGAAAAGCAAAUUUGAGGUCCUAAUAUCAGAUCCAGUAUUUCCUUGUGGUGAUAUAGUAGCUUUAAAACUGGGAAUUCCAUUUAUGUUCUCCUUGAGGUUUUCUCCAGCUUCAACAGUGGAAAAGCAUUGUGGGAAGGUACCAUUCCCUCCUUCCUAUGUACCUGCUAUAUUAUCAGAACUCUCCGACCAGAUGUCUUUCACUGACAGAGUAAGAAAUUUCAUCUCCUACCGUCUACAGGACUACAUGUUUGACAGUCUUUGGAAAUCAUGGGAUUCCUACUAUAGUGAAGCUUUGGAUGGUAGUCAUUGGUUAAAUAUUGAGAUCAUUCUAGAAGAGCUGAUUCAAAGAAAUCACAGUGUGACUGUACUGGCUUCAUCAACAACUCUAUUAAUCAACUCUAAUCCUGAUUCUCCCGUGAAUUUUGAGGUGAUACCUGUCUCCUUUACGAACAGCAAUAUAGAUUCCUUAAUUGAACAUAUGAUAAUGCUGUGGAUGGACCACAGACCAACUCCUCUCACACUCUGGAAUUUCUAUAAGGAACUAGGAAAUCUUCUAGAUACUUUUUUUCGAAUCAAUAUACAAAUCUGUGAUGGAGUAUUAAACAAUCCCAAGUUAAUGGCAAGACUUCAGAAAGGUAGUUUUGAUGUGUUAGUAGCAGAUCCAGUAACUAUCUGUGGGGACCUGGUUGCUCUGAAAUUAGGAAUUCCAUUUGUAUACACAUUGAGGUUCUCUCCAGCCUCCACAGUUGAGAGACACUGUGGGAAAAUCCCAGCACCUGCCUCCUAUGUACCCGCAGCUUUGUCAGAGCUCACUGACCAGAUGACCUUUAGUGAGAGGGUUAAAAAUACUAUCUCUUAUCCUCUUCAAGACUACAUAUUUCAGUCCUACUGGGGAGAAUGGAAUUCAUACUACAGCAAAGUUCUAGGAAGACCCACUACAUUAUGUGAGAUUAUGGGAAAAGCAGAAAUUUGGCUAAUCAGGACAUACUGGGAUUUUGAAUUUCCUCGUCCAUACUUACCUAAUUUUGAGUUUGUAGGAGGGCUGCAUUGUAAACCUGCCAAACCAUUACCUAAGGAAAUGGAAGAAUUUGUCCAAAGUUCAGGUGAAGAUGGUGUUGUGGUGUUUUCUCUGGGAUCAAUGGUCAAAAACCUCACAGAUGAAAAAGCCAAUCUCAUUGCCUCAGCCCUUGCCCAGGUUCCACAGAAGGUUUUAUGGAGAUACAAAGGAAAGAAACCAGCCACAUUAGGAGACAACACUCGUCUCUAUGAUUGGAUACCCCAAAAUGAUCUUCUUGGUCAUCCCAAAACAAAAGCUUUUAUCACUCAUGGUGGAACCAAUGGGAUCUAUGAAGCUAUUUACCAUGGGAUUCCUAUGGUGGGACUUCCUAUGUUUGCUGAUCAACCUGAUAACAUCGCUCACAUGAAGGCCAAAGGAGCAGCUGUGGAGGUGGACAUAAACACAAUGACCAGUGAAGAUCUGCUCAAUGCCUUGAGAACAGUCAUUAAUGAACCUUCUUAUAAACAGAAUGCAACAAGGUUAUCAAGGAUUCACCAUGAUCAACCUGUAAAGCCCUUGGAUCGAGCCGUCUUCUGGAUCGAGUUCGUCAUGCGUCACAAAGGAGCCAAGCACCUGCGGCCGGCGGCUCACAACCUCACCUGGUUCCAGUACCACUCUCUGGAUGUGAUCGGGUUCCUGCUGGCUUGUGUGGCAGCUGCUAUCUUCUUGGUCACAAAGUGUUGUUUGUUUUCUUAUCGAAAAUUUGGUAAAACAGGAAAGAAGAAAAAGAGGGAAUAG